AAUUUCAGCUUUUCUUAGGGCUUCUAGUUCAUUUGUUUUAGCAGUGGCGGGAACGUAUCAGCAAAAUUACUCAUCGAAAUUCAAUUGCAAAAAUUAAAAAAAAAAAAAAAACUAAAUUCCUAAAAUGUCCUUCUUCAUUGAUGAAUUUCAAGCAGACUUGGAAGCAUUGCCCAAUAUUCUUCAGAAAAAAUAUGCUUUGAUGCGUGAUCUUGACAAAAGUUUGCAAGAAAUUGUUAGGCAAAAUGAACAACGAUGUGAACAAGAAAUAGAGGAUAUGAAACGAGGCUUGAGGGCCGGCAACAUUACGCCUGAUACUUCGCUUCUCAGAUUCUCCGAAGAAGCACUUGAUGAACAAAAGCAUAGUGUUAGGAUUGCGGAUGAAAAGGUUGCCCUGGCAAUUCAAGCAUAUGAUUUGGUGGAUUCACAUAUACAACAACUUGAUCAGUACUUGAAAAAGUCUGGUGAAGAGCUACGGCGUGAAAGAGAGAAUACUGCUACUGCCUCGCCUACUCAAACUCCCGAUGGUACCACUAAAUCCGGAAGGUCUGGUGAAAGUGGAAGAGGAGGGCGUAAAAAAACACGUCUAGCAACAGCAGCUGCGGCAACAGAAGUGGCAGCAUCAGCAGCAAAUCCAACCGGUGUGGAAUUAGACUUGCCGGUGGAUCCUAACGAGCCAACGUACUGUUUGUGCAACCAAGUUAGCUACGGAGAGAUGGUAGCAUGUGAUAACCCCAAUUGCAAGAUAGAGUGGUUCCACUUUGGCUGUGUCGGUCUGAAAGAACAACCGAAAGGGAAAUGGUAUUGUCCGGAUUGUGCGACCGUGAAAAAUCGUCGUAAAGGCAGAUAAUUAUGAAUGUUUAUUAUCUUUUUUCCUUAUGGAGAAGCUUGUGAUAGUGUAUUUGGGUAGCCUUACCGCAAAAUGUAACGUUUGCUUGCAUUAGGAACUUGUGUUUGAUGAUAUAUAUUAGCUACUAGGAUGCUUUUCUACCAUUUUGUUUAAAAGCAUUUUGCCUGUAAAUGAAUUACUGUAAUUUGUUUAGAGCUUUGAUCUGUAUUGAAGAUUUCUAAGUGUAAGAUGUUUUUUGCUAAUUAAUUUUAUUUUGUUUCA